AAAACAUCAGAAUCUGAUGUUUUGUAAUUUAUUUUUUUUUUCUUUGGAUUGUCGUACUCGACAGGCUAAGACCAUUGGUUGGUCCAUCUCGCGUUUUGUAAUUUAUAUCGAUCAGUGCUGGAAAAUGGAAGAAAACAAAGAUGCCAGCUUGCUGGUCAUUGUGAUGGACACGAAUCCCUCCCAGCGGAUCAUUCGCGAAAAUCCCCACCAUUUGACCCAAUGUCUGGACUCGAUUGUGGCCUUUGCCAACGCUCAUCUAAUGCAGAAGGCCCAGAAUAAGUUGGCGGUCUUGGCUUGCCAUCAUCAUGCUACGGAGUUCCUUUACCCAACGCCAGGAAAGCCGCUGGAUAUCCGGCAGGUCGACGGACAGUACGAAGCUUUCACGCUGGUCGAGAAAACCAUCAAACAGAAGUUGGCCAAAGUGAUAAGCGAAGCUCCCCGGUUGACGGUCCCCACCGAGUCGCUGCUGGCCGGAAGUAUGGCCAUGGCGUUGUGCUACAUUGCCAGGGUACAUCGCAACAAACCGGCGGGAGUGAAGAUCAAUUCCCGGAUACUGGUCGUCACGGGAAGCAACGAGUGCGCCUCGCAGUAUAUGACCUACAUGAACGUGUUUUUUACCGCACAGAAGCAAAACGUCUCGCUGGACGUUUGUGCCCUGGAUAAGCCGCUGAGUUUGCUCCAGCAGGGAUGUGAUAUCACCGGGGGACAGUACCUUAAACUUCCGCAGCUGGAUGGCUUCCUGCAGUAUUUGCUGUGGGUGUUCCUGCCGGAACCUCUAACUAGGUGUAAGCUAGUGCUUCCGCCACCGGUCAAGGUCGAUUACCGGGCGGCUUGCUUCUGUCAUCGGGAACUGAUCGACAUUGGCUACGUCUGUUCUGUGUGUCUUUCCAUUUUCUGCAAAUUCAGUCCAAUUUGCACCACUUGUCACACCGUUUUUAAAGCACCAGCUCCAAUUGCGGCCAAGCCGAAAAAGAAGAAAAUGAAAACAUGAAGCAAUAUCUUCUAUUAACUUAAGAAUCUUCUUGUUACAAAUUAAACAAUAAUUCACAUUUCUAACU